AUGCAGGCUUACAACAGGGAACACCCGUACUAUUACAGCUAUCUACAAUGCUUCUGCCAGCCUACAGCCCUCAGCUAUCCGCCACAAAGCCAUCAGUACCAGCCGCACUUUCGACCCCACUUCGAAAGCCAGUUGCAGAAGCCAUUUCAGUCAUCUUUCUCUAUCGAGUCGCUUCUUGGAGGCGAGAAGACGUCAGAGGUAAGCAUGCCUUCCUUAACCAGCACUGCCUCCUACAUCAAAAAAACAGACUCCUCUGUUGAAGCUAAACUUAAAGGGCUCGUGGAACGGAGGCGAAACAACAGCUCAAAAGUAUCGGACAGCUUCGAUAAUCGAGAAAAAUCAACAGCGAUGACAGAGGUGCGGAAAGCAGAACUUUUCGGUAAGUCGUGCACGGCUCUGAAUGUUUUUUGAGUUUUCCUACAACAUAAAUUCGCUUUUUAACAGAAAAGUUUAGUAAACAAGAGAGAUUCUGACACACUUUUAUGAAUUCACAUCGAGAAACCUUUGUUGGUGAGUCGUGCAGGGCUCUUAAUUUUUUGGAGUUUUCCUACAGCAUAUAUACGCUUUUUAAUAGAAAAAUCACGUAAACAUAAAAGAUUUUGACGCACUUUUUAGAAUUGACAUCGAGAAGCCUAUGUUGGUAAGUCGUGCAGGGCUCUUGAUUUUUUUUAGUUUUCCCACAACGUAAAUACACUUUUAAUAGAAAAACUACGUUAAAAAGAAAGAUUCAUACACAAUUUCAGUAAUUCGAAUCGAGAAACCUUUGAUUGAUUUGUGAAAGUAACUCUCAAACCUGUUUUCCACAAACAAAAAUUGAAAAUUUUUAAAGAGCAAACAUUUUUUCGUAAUGAUCAUAACAUUGGCUUCUCAUCCGCCGACAUGUUCUCGAGGAAUCACAUCUCUGAUACCAAUUGGUAGAACUUCAAUUCUAUCUUGAAUGGAACACAUGUAGUCAGGUUUAAGAAGGUGUGCCGAUAUGCAAAACAAAAGUUGACUCUGUUUUUGUAAAGUUGGUGCGUUCCAUUUCAUACCAUGGGCGUUGGUUAGCUUCUUGAACCAAGCGUUAUGAUCUUUCUGGUUAACUCAGUAAUCAAGUGUGAUGAAAGAAUCGGUAUGGAUGGCCGUAACUUGGCCAUAAGAUAAGGUAAUUUAGUGUUAUCAACUGAGAUGAUAACGUAAAUUGGCCACCGUAAAGAGUUUAAAGGCUGACAUUUCGAGCGUGAUAAGUGAUCACCGCAGGCCGUAAGUGCUAAGAGCACAGCCAUCGUUGAAUGUAUGGCCGGUUUAACAGGUGUUGAAAAACCGUAGGUGACGUUUUCAGCUUUCAAGUAUGAAUAAAAGCAAGAGGAAGACUUUAAAGCCUCAAGAAAAUUGAGAUCAAUAGAAAACAGUUAUUAGAAAAAAGUUCGUGUUUUAUUCAAUUGUAAUUCUCUGAGGAGUGUUAAGCCUGCACUUAUACAAAAAUGCAUGUGUACAACUCUUUAGCACCAUUAAAAAAAAAACUUAACAUCAAGAGCAACUACGUAAAUUAAGAAAUAAAAUAUAUCAGGAUUCAUCGAUAGAAGAUACGGUUAAAAACUGAAAGGCUUUCGGAAGAAAAAAGCAAACUCGAUGUUGAUGAAGCAAUAACUCCAAACACAAAAUAAGAUAACAAAUAGGAUUAAAACCUGUUAAGAAAGGAAUAAAAAUGCAGAGACAUCGAGGAACAACUGAACUAGAACGAAAAAAAAAUUUUUGUUUGUGCUCUUAAAAUUGCUGAUAAUUCUCUCGUGGUUAAAUUGUUAAUAACACUGAUUGUAUUGUUUUUUUUUUUUCACUUGAAAAAUAUUUGCAUUUUAAUUGGUUUCCCUCGUCUAUUGGCGUUUAAAAAGUUCGAGAUAAUUCUAUUCUGCACACUUUAGGAAAGUAGUUGCAUCCAAAAAAGAGAAGUGUAUUUAGUUACCAUGUAAGAAAGAAAAUGAGAGGGCAUACAAUGAAAGAUACGUUAGAAGUGAAGUAAUGUCUGCUUAAAACAUUGAAACGUUCAUAAAAUGAAUCUUUUUGUCAUAAAUGAUACAUAGGAAGUUUUUUUAAAAAAAUGAAAAACCAGGUAGAGCGUUUUUUCUAGCUUUUAUCUCUCUUCCUUUUUCUUUUUCCGUUGAUAUCGCCUGCAUCUUACUUCUCGAGACUUUUUUUCUUUGUUUAUUUUAAGUUUUGAAGGGAACGCUUUGGCCUCUGGAAAUUUCGAGGAUCUAAUUAAAAAAACAGCAAAACAUUCCAUAAGUUCCGUGUAUCUACCAUGACGACAACGUUGCUUUGAUGAAUUACGAAUUGUAAACACAGCGGUCAAACAUGUGGCAUGCGCUAGAGGAUCAAUCUUGGUCAGCAGCGCAACAUUUUCCUGCGCAAAAUUUUAAAAGAAAUCAUAAGAAACCAACCACUGUCACGAAAAAUAUGCGAAAGAAAAAAAAUACAUUCAUGUAAAUCUCUAAAGGGAAGCAAAGUACGAGAAGAGAAAACUUGAGACUUUAUGAGCACAUAGAUUAUUUGAUUACAAGAAACCUGCUGAUUUCCCAUUUUAUUUUGAGGUUUAUCAAAAAAGUUGUAAGGUUUUCAAACACUCCGACGUCAGUUCUCGCUCCUAUAGUUGUUUAUGGGACAACUUGGUUUUAACACCCUAAAAUACGUCACAUAGCCUCUACAAUAUUCGCUCAUAUGCACAUGCGGGGAUAUUUGACCUCUAUGUCGACUAACCGGGUUUAUUUUCUCGGCAACUGACUAAUUUGCUCCUCUAAUUAAUAUAAUGCUUUAAAAAUUUCAGUUCCAUAAUGGCUGACUGGAGAACUUUUGUGUCGAAAGUGUUGAAAGUAACUGAGUUAUUGUCCAGAAAACUCGCGCCACUUUCUCAUCCAAUCAGAUGCAAAUGAGAAUCACGACCUGGCAGUUCACGUUUUCCAGCUCUUUAGGCAGUUUGGUCGUUGUUAUUUUGUGUUCUCAUUGGCUCUUAAUCGAAUCUUAAAAGUAUUUUUCUUUCAUCUGGUUAGCCUUCGUGAUUGCUUUGGCGAGUUGGCUCUACGACAUUCGAUCGAAAAGUGAUUAGGUGUUUUUAGUAAGUGUUAAUGCAAAACCAGUACAAUUCUAAAAUCACUUUUGAUAUUUGAUUAUAUCGUUUACUUUCUGGACUUGUUUCUAUAGCUGGUGAACCAGCAAGUACCACACAAGAAAAGAAAAAGGGUUUAGUGAGCACUCACUUCAAAAGAAAGCGACCCCGUACGAUGUUUACCUUAUAUCAACUCGAGAGGAUGGAGGGAGAAUUCCUGCGCCGUCAGUACAUCACGGGUAAUCAGCGGUUGCAACUGGCCAGUGAGCUUCAGUUGAGUGAGACGCAGGUCCGAGUUUGGUUCCAGAACAGACGGAUUAAAUGGCGCAAAGAUGUGAUGAAGAGGCAGUUUGAUAGCUACUAG